AUGCGCGACGGCCGUAGGCUGGCCACGCCCUUCUGGCUCCGCCGCCUCCUGAUUCGGACAGCCGGUUUCGCCUGGGCCCGCGGGGAUGCAUGGCGCGCCGGGCGCGGCGACCGACGGCGGCCCAGAGAUCUCAUCUCGCAGGAGCAGGACGUGACUGGCAACGGAGGCGUCCUGAAGACCAUCCUCCGUGCCGGCUCUGGCGAUGCGCCGCCCGCGGAUGUUCCGGUCAGGGUCGAGCUGAAGUACGAGGGGCGCCUCCAGUCUGGCGAGGUGGUCGACAGCUCUCCUGCCGGCGCCUCGGCGAGGUUUCCGCUCGGCCGUGGCCACGUGAUCCGUGGCCUGGACGCGGCAGUGCAGGCGAUGCGAGCACGCCGAGCUCCGCAUCCGGGCGGACUACGCCUACGGCGUCGCCGGGCGGCCGCCUGCCGUGCCGCCGCACGCCACCCUCGUCCGCGGGCCCUUCUCGGCUUCGAGGCCAUCGACGCUUGCGAGGCCGAGACAGUCGAGGCUGGUGCUGCGGGCGAGUUGCCAGCGCUGCCUUACGGAAGUGGCGGUGCCGCCGCUGCGGAGAGGAGGGUUCGCAGACUAUCAUGGUCGGUGGAGCUCCCAUCAAGGUCGACAAGCUCGGCCCGGUCGUCGUGA